AAAACACGCGGUCUCCACAUUACAAAAAUAGGUUAUCUUUCUACGCUGCGUUUCACUUCGUACUUUCGUCUUGCUAGACGACUGAUUUCCGCUUCGUUUGUAAAUCAUAAGAAAAAAAUAUUUUUGUUUUGUUAAAACGCGAUUGUUUUCCCGUGUUUAUUACCGCGUGGGUGAAAGGAUAAGACAUCAAGGUCGAUGUACUGAUCGUGAUAAUCAGAUCGACAGCGAAGAGGGACAUUCUCGUCCUUUUAAUAAUUAUCUUUAAAUGCGACACGUGAACGUGGUGAUAAGGAGAUAACAGAUUUUUCGGUGUAUAGCCGAAAAAACGUUGUGAACAAAAUAAAAAAGGAUGACUGUUUAUUCAAAACAGAUUCGAAUUACUGCGCGUAAUGUAAAACAUAUUUUUUCGGGUGUGAUGUUUAGGUUAUCUCAUUGGAUCUUUAUUGAGAUUGAAAAACGAUGAGAUGCCAUGGAUAUACCCGGUGAUAAACUUUCCGUUUUCAUUUUCAACUACGUCAUCUGAUGAACAUUUUAUGAAUGUUAUCAAGCAUUAAUUGAUAUGUUUGCUACAAUGGAAACAACGUGCUUGACUUGAACUCAGGUUAAGCAGUUCUAUGAAGCGUUCUCUACUAUUGUUAUGACGAAAUAAUUGCUCAAAUUCCUGCUAAAAAUUUCUGUAAAUGAAAAAUUCCUUCUGUUCAGCAUCUGUUAUAUUAAUAAAUAAAAAAAAUUGCAACAAGAAGAAAAUAAUUUGAAUUAAAUUUAUGAUUGAAUGUAAAAAAAAAAAAAGAAAAAAAUAAGAAAAAAUAUACAUUUAAUUGAAGAAGUGAAACAAGUGUAAAUUAUUGAACUAAGGAAAAUAAACGAAAUAUACUAUAUAAUAUUUGGACUCUCAUAAUCAAGACAUUACUGAUUUCAUUACUUCUUUAAGUUAUAUAUGAAAAUUAAAAAUUUACUUUAUAAAACAAUAGUUUAUAAAUUUAAAGAUACUUUAUUUAUAAUAUUUUAAUAUAAUUAAAAGAGAAAUAUAUGUUUCUAAAAUGAAUAAUCAAAGAAAUAUAUGUUUAAAUAUAAAUUUUCUUUUUAAAUAUAGUGCUAAUAUUAUAAUUUACAACUGUAUAAUGUCUGUUUAACAAUAUUUUAUAAUAAUCAUUUAUAUUUAUUUAAACAAAUUGUACAAAUAUUAAAACAUUUUUAAAAUGAAAUUCAUGCUUUCUUCUAUAAUCUUAAUUAUUGCUACUUUUUAUUUUUUGAAUUACACAGCAUGAGUUUAUUUUAUAAAUAUUUUAUUAAUAAAAUCAUCAUUAUAUUCUAGAAUUUAAACUUUUAUGUAUUUUAUACAAUAUCAUGUUCUCAUAGACCUAUAAACUUGUUAUGUUUACAUUGAAAGUAACGUCCUUUAAACUUAAGAAGAAAUCAUGACAAACAAAAAAAAAAUCUAUAAAUUGUAAUGUGGUAUAUUUCAAAUAGUGUUUGUGCCAUUCCUCUCAUAUGCAAGAUAUUGGCUACAGUUAACAAUUCAUAAGCAUUCAUAUAAAAAUUAUAGAAACUUAGGACCAUUCUAGAGAAAGAAAUAAAUUGUCUUUUAGUUAAAAUUUUUGGAUAUUAUAUUCUCAAAAAAUUUACUUCAAUCAUGACAGAAAUCAUCAUUCAAGAUUUACAGAAGCUUCUCGUAUAUUUCUCAAAAAAUACUUAUAGAGCCAAGGAUGCAGAUAGCACGAGUCAAGCAAUUAUGCAGAGAUGUGUUCUGCUUGUUGAUUUAGAUUACACUCAUUAUAUCAUAAGCAAUAAUGAUGGUGAUCUCAGUGCACAUUAUCCUAGCCAUCUUAUUAUUUUAGAUGGUGAGAAGAGUAGGAAUCCAAAUAUGUGUGAUACGCCGCCACCACUGCCUCGCACAACAGAAACUAUAUAUGAAAACACUUUUGACUCUAACAGAUUGAAGGAUUUGAUAAAACAAGCUAGAUUUGCUAGGUGUCGUUCUCGAUUUCCACUGCCCGUAAUAAUGUAUAAAGGUAGACAUGUAUGCAGAUCAGCUACUCUAUCUGGAGGACCAGAAAUUUAUGGUAGAUCUGGGCUAGAUUAUUUAUUUGCUGGUAGUGAAGGUGUAGUUUCCAUUCAACAUCAAGUAGAUGAAGCUCGUGGAAGUGAUUCUGUACUUAGUGAGUGGCAAUUGUUUGAUAAAGUUAGGCAUCAUGACAUCAAGCUUCUGAAAUUUCUCAAAGUAGGAACUAUUAUUGACUUCAUGGUUGAAAAGAAGAAAGUUAAAUUUGGAGUAAAUGUGACAUCCUCAGAGAAAGUAGACAAAGAGAAGAGGUAUUCCGAAUUUACCUUGAUUUCAUUACCAUAUCCUGGAUGUGAAUUCUUUAAGGAGUUUAGAGAGAAUGAUUAUUUGGCCAAGGGUUUAGUAUUUGAUUGGUCUCAGACACACGUAGAUGCGCAAAUCGGAGUGCCAGAAGAUUCAAUUUCUGCACAAUUACGAAUCAAUUGGGAUGAAUAUCAAGUUUGGGACUUAGUAAAAUUAACUCAAAAUUAUUUGAAACUUAUAAUACGAUAUUUAAGUGACAGUGGUAAUGGAAUAUUAAUUCAUUGUAUCUCAGGAUGGGAUCGCACACCUUUAUUUAUUUCAUUAUUAAGAAUCAGUUUAUGGGCUGAUGGUGUAAUUCAUACAUCACUGAACGCAUUUCAAGUUCUUUAUUUGACGAUAGCGUACGAUUGGAUGCUGUUCGGCCAUGAUUUAGAAGAUCGACUAAGUAAAGGAGAGGAAAUAUUCUUCUUUUGUUUUUAUUUUUUAAAGCACAUUCAUGAUGAAGAAUUUAGUAUUCAUCCGCGUCAUAACAAAUCUAGACAUACAGUUCUACGCAACGACAGUGAUUCACAAUUAGAUAACGUUAUGUUCGAUAGCGAAUCGGUAGUGACAUUGAGCUCAGUCAGUUCUAACUUAAGUCUGAAUAGUUGGUGUAGUUCUGUUAGUCAAAAUAGCAGAGACAGUCAAGAUAAUAAUCCACCAGCGGUGUUUCACUGUUCUUCCACAGAACCUCAAGAUGACAGUCAGAGUAACGGGAACGUUGUACCAUGGUCAUUUUAUCCUUCUCCAAAUAAAGAAGGAAUUGCACAUGGAUCACGAUCACCUUUACCACACAAUCGAACUUCUCCUGUUGCGGUUCCUGUACCUGGACGUCUUCGACAACGAAAUGAAUCCUCUUCGUCGGGUGGCUCUUGGCAGAUGAUAUCUGGAACCGGAAGUUUACGUGGUUCCACAACAGCUAAUGCCCCGCUCACAGAUGGACUGACAACUAGUUCAACUUAUAAGACUAAUUCUGAAACUUUUACGGGACAUACAUCUCAAGAAUCGAGUACGACAAUUAUUGAGGAUGAAGUUUGUGCGUCGACGGCACAAUCUCGCAAAGAAAAAUUACAAUGCUUAAGAAGAAUAUUUUAUAAUGCUUAUAGUCAUACUGUUGGGUUUCGAAUGAAAGAUAAUUCCGAAUCGAGUGGCUUUGGUCAAUUACUCGGUAACUUUGCUGAAAAAGUAGGAAUUCUUUCCGUUCAGCGCACAUCCUUAUGACUAUAACGUCAUUUACCUCUCAUCCCUCUUCCCACAAUUAUGAGUUUAUUGUUAUUGACUCCUUGAUUCAAGUUAGAAUUUUAUAAAAAUGCUAUACAAUGAAAAUAAAACAAUUGUACAUUAUCAUUUAUGUGAAUAAUGUGUUGUUAUACAAAAAUAAUAGCGCGUAUACGCGUAUUAUGAAUAAAAACUUGAUAUUUUUGUAUAUAUAUAUAUAUAA